AUGUCUAGCGUCGCCGAAAACUCUACUGGACGUCCUAACAGACGUUUUAUCAAACGUCCAGAUGACAAAGCUUUGAAACAAGAAAUCGAAGGUUUGAAAAAUGAAAUUAAAAAGUUGGACUUAACAAACAAUGAAAUCAACGCACAAAUUAACAAGGUCGUCACCGACCCAAAAGUCAUUGAAAGAAGAAAGGAAUUGCAAGGGCAAUUAAAGGAAUUAGUUGGUAAGCAAAGCACUAUCAAGAAUGAAAGAGGUGCUAUUUUGGAUCAAAUCAAAGGUGUUGAAGCACAAUUGAAGAGAAAGAUUUCCGAAAUCCAAACCAAAACCUCCAAACACGCAUUUAAGAAUGUGCAAGAAAUUGACUCGAGAGUCAACUACUUGGACAAGUUGGUUGAUGCUGGUGACUUGAAAUUGGCCGAUGAAAGAAGAUAUGUCAAGGAAAUGUCAUCUUUACGUAAAUUGCGUAAGGACUUUGGAUCUAUCGAAAAGCAACAAGAGCUGAUCGACCAGGACAAGGCCAAGAUUGCUGAGUUGAAGAAGAAGUUGAACGCAGUUCAAAAUAAGGAAGUUCAACAGCAAUUUGAGAAAAUUCAAAAGGAAUUGGACCAAAUAAACGAUGACAACAAGUCGGUCGUUAACAAGAGAAACGAAUUGUUCGGUAAGAGAAAUGAAAUCAAGAAGAACAAGGACGCUAAGUACGAUCAAAUUAGAAAGUUGAGAGCUGAAUUUGACGCUGAAUUCGAAAAAUUCAAGACCUUGAUGACUGAAGAAAGAAAGAAGAGAGAAGAAGAAUCCAAACAACAACAAUUAGAAGAAAAGAAGCAAAAGAGAAAGGAACAAGCCGAAAAACAAUUGUCUGAAGCCUCUGUUCCUGCUUUCACCACCGAAAUCAACUCUAUCCAUACUUUAUUGGCUUACUUCGAUCCAUCUUACGUUAAGCCACAACCAAAGAAGUCUGCUACUGCUACUAAUAGUAACGUCAAUAGCUCCGGAAACGGUAGAAAGAUUGAAAUGCCAGAAGAUGUUGUUGUUCUUAAAAAAGAACAAGAAUCUUUCUUCGAAGGUUCUAAGUCCAAGAAGGCCUCCAAACAAAAGAAGUCUAAGGCUAAGAACUUUACUGUCGAACCAGAUGUUAUUGUUGCCUUAGGUGAUUUGAGUAUCCCAUUACCUACUCAAGCUGACGAUGUUUCUUCAACCAUAGACACCUUGAAGGAAACCUUAAAGGCCCUUGAAGACAAACAAGAAGAACAAACUAAAGUCAACAUUGAAAAGGCAAAGGCCAAGAUUGCCAAACUUGAAGCCGAGGAAGAUCAAGCUGAAGCUGAAGCUGCUGAAGCAGAAACCACUGAAGCUUAA